AUGAACGAACACUCAUUUCCAAAACCUAAAACCCUAAACACUCAGUUCCAACUUCCAGCUAUGGAUAACGAUAACGACGACCCUCGUAACGGCACCGAACAAAACCACCGUGACGGAAAGAAACCAAAGCUCACUCACCCCAUAACAGAACACGAGAUCCGCCACGAAUUCUUCCACCACGAAACCGCCGUCGCCAGAAUCAACAACGGCAGUUUCGGAAGCUGUCCCCGCUCCGUCCUCGCCGCUCAAAACUCCUGGCAGCUCCGCUUCCUCCGACAACCAGACGACUUCUACUCAAACACGCUCCGAAAAGGAAUUCUCGAUUCUCGUAUUAUCGUCAAAAACCUCAUAAACGCUGACGACGUUGAAGAUAUCUCGCUCAUUGAUAAUGCUACAACCGCCGCCGCAAUCGUUCUCCAGCAAAUCGGCCACCGCUUCGCCUCUGGUGAAUUCCGCAAGAACGAUUCUGUUAUAAUGUUCCAUUGCGCUUACCGAGCUGUUAAGAAAUCUAUUGAGGCUUAUGUUACGCCGGUUGGCGGCUCCGUUAUUGAGGUCCAGCUACCGUUUCCGGUUCACUCCGACCAAGAAAUUAUCGCGGAGUUCAAGAAAGGACUUGAGCGAAGUAAAAUUAAUGGCGGAAGAGUUAGGUUAGCGAUAAUUGAUCACAUUACGUCGAUACCUUCCGUUGUUAUCCCUGUUCAAGAAUUGAUAAGGGUUUGCAGAGAGGAAGAAGUGGAUCAGAUUUUUGUUGACGGUGCUCACGCCAUUGGAAGCUUGUGUGUUGAUGUUAAAGAAAUUGGUGCUGAUUUUUACGUAAGUAAUUUGUACAAAUGGUUCUUUUCUCCACCUUCGGUUGCUUUUAUGUAUUGUAACAAGAAAUUGAAAGAUGUGCACCAUCCUGUGGUUGCGCAUGAAUAUGGAAAGGGUUUACCUGCUGAGAGUGCUUGGGUUGGGAUGCGAGAUUAUAGCCCUCAGCUUGUGGUACCUUCGAUUUUGGAGUUUGUGAAUAGGUUUGAAGGUGGAAUUGAAGGGAUUAUGAGGAGGAACCAUGAUUUGGUUGUGAAAAUGGGGAUUAUGCUAAAGGAAUCAUGGGGAACAAUUCUUGGUUCCCCACCUGAAAUGUGUGCCGCUAUGAUUAUGGUGGGUUUGCCUUCAAAGCUUCGUGUGACGAGUGAGGAUGAUGCAUUGAGGUUGAGGUUUUAUCUUAGGGUUUAUCAUGCUAUAGAAGUUCCUGUAUAUUACCAAGCUUUGAGAAAUGCUGAAAGGGAUCCUAGAGACAAGGACGGGUUUAUAACUGGUUAUGUGAGGAUUUCUCAUCAGGUGUAUAACACUGUUGAAGAUUACCAUAGGCUCAAGACUGCAAUUGUUCAGAUUUUGGAUGAUGGAAAAAUUUGCAGUGAACUUCCUAAAGAGUGA